AUGAGCAGUCGACAUCGCACUCGAUAUCGCAGAGGUGGCUGCUUCGGUACGAGGACACGCUUGGCUGCGCUGUCCAGCUCUGCCUCCUUCUACAUCCACAUCUACAUCUACCUUACCGAAGCCAAGCCUUGGCCAUCAUCAGCAGAUAUGGUGCACAUCAAAGCUCUCAUGGUCUCCACUGUCCUCAGUGGCAUGACUUCAGCUGGUCUGGCGCCCUCGACGUAUGCCAACGCUACCACAUCCUCUGCCAGCGUGGAGCACGCCGCUUUGAAUCCUUUGGACCGCCAACUCAUUCCCUUCAUCCCAAAAUUCUUUUCUCGUCCAGGGAGGACCUCAAGUUCAUCCGUCGAGAACAUUCAUGCCGCCUCUCCGGAUUACCGCAGCGAUACGUCGGCAGUGUAUCCCUACACCACUAGUAUAUCGAUCUCGGAAUCCAGAGGGCACAAGACCAGAUCUCGUCGUACAAACCAGCAUACGCGUAGAAAUCGCCCUGAUCAGAUUGCUCAUCAUCGGCCGGCUCCCACGAGCCAUGAGGUUUCAAUCUCCUGGUCUACCGUCAGGAAUGGCGCCACUCCUUCCCCCUCCGACUUCCCCACACAGAAACACAAUUCCAUCUCAAGCCCAGACGUCAGAUCCAGUCCCCCUCACACCACAAUCUCGUAUUAUCCCAUCAGAACCACUCUUCCGCCCGGCCAGACCCCCUCCCUGGAAGCCGCUGCUGCUCAGCGCUCUGGUAACAGCUGCACAACCUUGUGUACAUCUCCUCGUUGUGAGCGCACUCAAUGA